AUGGCACAACCGAAGGAAGCCGCAGGAUACAAACUGGGAAGCUUGAUAAUCGAAGGAAAGACGAAACAAGUGUUCGAUCUGCCAGAAUGCUCUGGGCAAUGCAUGCUUAUCAAUAAGGACAGAAUCACUGCUGGAGAUGGUGUGAAAGCCCACGACAUGGAAGGAAAAGCAGCCAUUUCCAACCAGACGAACGCCAAAGUUUUCGAAAUCCUAAAGGCUGCAGGUAUCAAAACAGCAUUCGUAAAAAUGGCAUCGGCGACUGCCUUCAUUUCGAAAAAAUGCGAUAUGAUACCAAUUGAGUGGGUCACCAGACGGUUGGCAACUGGUUCAUUCUUGAAACGUAACCCUGGUGUACCUGAAGGUUUCCGUUUCACCCCACCAAAACAAGAGACCUUCUUCAAGGAUGACGCCAAUCAUGAUCCAAUGUGGUCAGAAGAGCAGAUAGUAUCAGCCAAGUUCAAUGUUAAUGGAGUUCUUAUUGGCCAAGACGAAGUUGAUUACAUGAGACAAGUGACAAUUCUAGUUUUCGAAAUCUUGGAGAAGGCUUGGGCCCUUCGGAAUUGUGCUUUGAUUGAUAUGAAAAUUGAAUUCGGAGUAGACGUCGAUGGUAACAUCUUACUUGCCGAUGUUAUCGAUUCUGACUCAUGGCGACUGUGGCCAUCUGGUGACAAGAGAUUGAUGGUUGACAAACAGGUUUACCGAAACCUAUCAAAUGUGACCGCUGCCGAUCUGAACACAGUGAAACGUAACUUCGCCUGGGUAAAGGAUCAACUCGACCACCUGAAACCAAAUGUCCACCACAAAGUUGUUAUCUUCAUGGGUUCGCCUGCUGAUGUUGAACAUUGCAAGAAAAUAGCUAAAGCCGGUAAAGAACUAGGACUUGACGUCGAUAUGCGUGUAACCUCAGCACACAAGGCCACAGAAGAAACUCUUCACAUUAUGCAACAGUACGAAGACACGCACGGGGCGCUUGUGUUUAUCGCUGUGGCUGGCCGGUCUAACGGCUUAGGACCAGUAUUGUCAGGCAAUACAUCAUACCCUGUUAUUAACUGUCCGCCGCCUUCAGAUAAACUUGUACAGGACAUUUGGUCUUCCUUGUCUGUACCGUCUGGCCUUGGCUGCGCUACUGUCAUCUAUCCAGACAGCGCUGCUCUUAUGGCAGCUCAAAUCAUCGGUCUUCAAGAUUAUAUAGUCUGGGCUCGCCUUAGAGUUAAAAAAAUCGAAAUGGCAGCCUCACUCCGGGUAUCUGAUAAGAACAUCAGGAAACUUACUCUGGAAUAA